AUGUACAGGCGCUCGCCGCUGAUCUUCGCUCUGGUGGGCGUCGUCUUCUUGGGCCUGGCUCUUCCGGAAGCCUGCUGCGGCACAUCACUGGCGGACAACCUGGCCAGGACGCCCGAGGCGAGCCAAACCAGGCCGUACCUGGCUCAGCGUUUUCUGGUGGUCAACCAAAGCGCGAUCACCCGCUUCUAUGCUCCUCUCUCCAGCCCCAAUGGCGUUGAUUCGGCCAGCCUCUACUCGGACGAUGGGGGUACGCCCAGCUCGAGCGCGCUACCCAACGCCACGCUCGAGGUCAGCGCAGAGUCCGAGGGCUACGUUGCCACACCCGCCGGCUCGCUGGUGCUUGGUCCGGGCCUCUACUGGCUCGUCUUCGACAGCGGCGAUGCCGCGCAGUGGGACUACAUGAGCCUUGCCCCGCCGAGUGGCUCGGAGCGGGUGGUGCUGCAGGGCCUGGCCCACCGGGCCAACCCGAGCCAAGUGUGGACUACCAACGAGGGCAACACCUUCCGGCUGAGCGUCUCUGGAUGCGCGCCGUCGCCUUCGCCCUCUCCCUCGACCUCCUCGUCGCCUUCGCUUUCUCCGUCGAUUUCGCCAUCGCCAUCGUCUUCGCUUUCGCCGUCGCCUUCGCUUUCUCCGUCGCUCACGCCAACGCCCUCGAGGACGCCAGCCAAAGACUCGAGUGGUUUGCUGAGGGUAGUCAACGUCACGUCGAGCUUCGAGACCAACUCUGCCGGCGUCAACCUCACCGCCACCCUCCUCGGCACCGUCGCCAAUGGCACGACGCCCGAGGCCGAUGAUCGGUUGCUGGUGACCGUGCGCGCAGAGUUUGAGGGCCUCCAGGUGGAUAACAUCACCGUCCCAGCCUCGGGCCUGACAGACUUCCGCCGAAGCCAAGUGAACGAAUCGGAUGACGGCGCCAUAACGACGUUCGCCUAUUCGGCCAACAGCGAGGCCGCUGCGGUGGAACAGGAAUUCUCUUUCCACAGGGGAGCGACCAACGGCCACUUCUUCGGCCACUCGUUCGAUAUCGCGCCGGGCACGCUCAAGUGGUGCAUACGCCUCACCUCGGCCAAUCAAUCAUCUUCCCCCUCGUCGAUCGUCCGCUAUCGCCUCACGAGCCUCCUAUCUUCUUCUACAUCGUCAUCAUCAUCUCCGUUGGCUUCUUCUUCUUUACCGUUCGACCCCAGCGCCAACAUCACUCGGCAGAGCGGAGUGCCCAAGGCCAACAUGACCACCUACUACAUACCCCUCCUCAGUCGCCGGGCCUCGUCAUCGACACGGGACGCAUCGAAGGCGGUGGCCAAGGUGGAGGUGUUCGACAUCGUGCUCGUCACCGACUCCCUCGGUGGCGGCGACCACCUGGCGCCGAUCGACCACUCGCUCAGCUUCACUCGCUCGGCGUCGGCGGGUCCCGACGGGGCGAGCGCGGCGGCCGAGUUCGUGCUGGAGCUCCGAUUCCCGCCCUUAAACGGCUCGCUGACGUACGACCCGAGCCUGGGCAUCGACGUGCUGCUCGGCUCGGCCGGCGGUGGCGAUGGCGGCAACGGCAACGGCAACGGCAACGGCAACGGCAACGGCAACGGCAACGGCAACGGCGGGAGCGACAGGGCGCUGGUGGUCGGGGUGGCGGUGGCGGUGCCCAUCGCCGCGGUGGUGGUGGCAUCGGUGGUCGGUGCAGUUGCGGCGGUCGGCUGGUGGCAAAUGAGGAAGGAGAAGGCGAUGAACGCCACCAGAGGGCCGCGUGCCGUCAACUUCCACUACCACGACGGAGACGAGAUCCUGUAA